CGUCUGAUCUCCUUUUUUUUUCCUCCCUACCGCCCAUAUUUAUACUCUCCCUAAUCUUAUUUUUCUUUUCUCUCUUCUCAUUUUUCCCCCCUUAGCUUUUUUCUCCUCUUUAACUUCACGCCUUCCCCUGCCCCCACCACCGGAAAAAACCAACAAAUGUCCGCAGAUCUGGCCGAGCUCCGGCAAGAUUUGCCGGAAAUUCAAUCGCCUAGAGAAAACGUAAUCAUUAAUUCCUCCCCUCCGGACCGGAAUGUUUCCGUGAUUAAGGAAGAGGAGGAGGAGGAAGAGUGCCGGACGCCGAGAUCGCCGCGGAAUUUGAUACCGGAAACGGUUGUGUGUCCGCCGGCGCCGAUGAAGCCGCGGCGGCCGGUGAUCCGGUGCAAGAGGAAGCUGACGGAGCUCAAUUUCUUGGAGAUGGUGGCUCGAGAGGAGGUCGAUUCCCUCUUCCGCGCCUCCGCCGCCGCAUCCGCCACCAAGAUCAGAAGGUGCCUUGUGUAAAUUCCGUAAAUCGAAAAAUAUAAUAGAAACGGAUAA